AUGCCAGAAGAGACUGAAGUCGCAGAAGCUGUUCCCCAGUUCGGCUUCAAGAAACGCGCCAAGGGCAAAGCCAACUUCCGCAAGAAGCCCGCAACCCCGCCACCGGCCUCAGUCUCAGGGUCUGAUUUCACAUCAUCCGACGAUGAAGAAGGCCGGCGCAUCAAGAGGCGACGCAAGAAUGUGGCAGUGACAGCUUCAUCCGCCGCAAAUGCCACCAGGAGAAACCCCGCCGCCGAUCAACCUGCCAGCACCGGUCCGGUCCCUCUAUCAACGAGCAACGAUGCCACGAAAUCUUCCAACUGGUACGAUGAGGAUCUGAGUGCCAAGAACCUGCUGGGCUCAACGCGAGCUCAGGCGUCUACAGCUUCCGCUCCAGACGGUACCUACAAGGGCGCGGCCAACUAUUCCUCGUUCAUUCAGAAGAAUCCCGAUGCGCCGAGCAAGCAAUUCGGUCCGAUUAAAGCGCCCACGAACGUCCGAACUGUGACAGUAAUGGACUUUGCCCCUGAUGUUUGUAAGGACUGGAAACAGACUGGGUGGUGUGGAUUCGGCGAUUCCUGCAAAUUCCUACACGCCCGCGAGGACUACAAACAAGGCUGGGAACUAGAUCGUGACUGGGAAAUCGGCACCAAUGGCAAGAAAUUGAGCGGACGGGUGGUGUCGCAAAGGAAAGGCGCUGGCAAGACUGCCGAGGAUGACGAGGACGAGGAUGAUGACGAGCUGCUGGACAGCAUCCCCUUUGCCUGCAUUAUCUGUCGGAAACCAUACCAGAACCCGAUCAUCACCAAGUGCGGGCACUACUUUUGCGAAUCUUGCGCGCUGCAACGGUAUCGCAAGAAUCCGUCUUGUGCGGCGUGCGGGGCGGGUACGGGUGGUGUGUUUAAUACUGCGAAGAAGCUGAAUGCUUUGCUGGAGAAGAAGCGGGAGAAGGCACGGAAGGAGCGCGAGAAGGCGAUUGAGGAGGGUGAGGAGGUGAGCGAGGAAGAGGAGAAUGAGGGCAGUGAGUAG